AUGGCCGAUAACAACAGCGCCGAUACUGGACUCACAGAUGUUCACCGUUCCAAUCACGUCCAUUCCGAAACUCCUGUACAACUCAUAGAUAUCCCAGGUAUGGAUACCCCAGGUAUGGAACAAGAGCUCACCCAGGUUUCACGUCAAGAGCUUGCAUUACCCUCUCGUAUGUCCACAACACCACACAACCACAGUUUUCAACCACUCGCACCACCUACUGGAGUCAUGUCCACACCUCCUAUACCUCACGAGAACAACGUCACGGCCCCGCAGCGAGGACCGAAGAAGCCUGUCACUACGCUCGUUUCCAUGCUACCCAAGACCACCUACAAUGAAACAGACGAGGCAGAGGAUACCGUGAGAAGCCUGGCGUAUAUCAGAAUACAGCUCCAACUGCUGCAGUGGUUAGGUCUUCAUGCAUCCGAUACACUCACUGUCCGACAAGCUUACUACUGGACGGAAAAUAUAGCGGAAGACAAGCAUCCACAAGCCAAGGAUGCACUACGUCUAUGCUACUACAUGCGUUCUCAGGGCUUCGACACUUAUGCAAAAUUCCAGAAAAGCAGAAUGAGCCUAUAUAUAGCCAGUCAGCCUACUGAGGUUACGAGUCCCAAGUCCGAUCGGCUAUAUUGGUGCCAGGAUCAUUUGACCAACGAGGUCGCUCACGAACUACGUACCGUACCUGUAUCCUCUGGAGCUCGGGGAGGAAGACGCAACGCUUUCUCAUCGGACCUCACUCAACAAAUCCAGAGGCUCCAAGCUACCGUGGAUGCAGUUAUUGCGGCAGGCACUGAUAUUGCUCGAGCGCAAUCCAGAAAUACUCUUGCUGCUGCCGCCGGCCAAGAUGAACAUGGAGAAGACACAGGGGAUAACGCCGGUACUGUGUCGGAAGGUAACGCAGGACGAGAGAACGAAAACGGCCAGCCGACCAUGGGCUCUCUUGCAGCACGCAUCGCUGUUGCAAGAGCAGAUUUGCAGACUCUGCUUUUCUCCGAUUCUCCUGACACAGACGCCAUUGACGCUGCUAUCGCACGUGUAGCAGAGCUAAACAGCCAGGAGAACUAG